AUGAAAGCCAACAUCGUCACGCUGUGCGGCCUCCUGGCAACUCGGACCGGUCUCGCCCACGCCCAGUUCCAAGACUUCUUCAACAUCACCACCUUCCCCAACGAACAGAGAGACAACGUCACGAAAUGGCUGGCCGAGGCCCGCGCCCUCGCCGGCGCGGACCUCUACGCCUACUUCGCCCACCGCUGCAUCCUCGGCCAGGUCUACCCGGAACUCUCCUCGGCGUCGCAGACCGCCGGCUUCGUCGCCCCGCGCGAGGUCUUUGACCGGUUCUACUUCGUCGGCCAGAGCGCCGUCUCGGCGUGGGCCUACGACACGGGCGACGGGCUCGUCGUCUUCGACGCCCUCAACAACGCCGCCGAGGCCGAGCACAUCCUCAUCCCCAACCUGGAGACCCUCGGGUUCGCGGGAAGCGACAUCAAGCACCUCGUCAUCACCCACGAGCACUUUGACCACUACGGCGGCGCCCGCUGGAUCCAGGACACCUUCCGCCCCGCCACGUACGCCGCAGCGGCCGCCUGGGACGCCCUGGAGACGGAGGCCGACGGUCCCCUCAGGGACCAGACCAUCGCCGAGGGAGACAAGCUCACGUUCGGCGGCAACGUGACCUUCACGUUCUACGUGACGCCCGGCCACACGCCGGGGACGCUGUCGUCCAUCUUCCCCAUCUACGACCGCGGCCGCGCGCACACGGCCGGCUUCUACGGCGGCGUGGGCAUCCCCUCCACCGCCGCCGCCAAGGACCAGCAGAUCGCCUCGCUCAACCGCUUCGCCGACCUGCGGGCCGAGGCCCGGGUGGACACGCUCAUCGCGAACCACCAGACGCAGGACCGCGCGCUGUACCACUUCGACCUCCUCGAGCACCGCCGGGCGGACGACCCCGAGCACCCGUUCGUCAUCGGCGGGGACGCGUUCGAGCGGUAUCUGCGGGUCAACGCGCUGUGUGUGAGGGUGAAGGCGGCCCGGGACGGGCAGGACUUGCAGGCUUAG